UUGUUUCUCAUCCCGAGACACCGCAGAUCGAUCAUCCCGACCUGCACCCACAAAUUUACCGUUAAAACUAGCAAUUUAAACUCAACUGACAGCAUAUUAAAAAAGGAAUAUUUCACUUACACUCUAACGCCAGUCUCCUACAAAACUGUUUUACCGAUAAGGACUAGAAGCGAUUACAAAAAAAAAUACCGCCCGCCUGCAGUAGUCGGGAGUGUUUGAACACAGAAACGAACGCUCCCGGUGUAACGCGGGAAACGCUGCUGUGUUGUGUUUCCCACAGCGGAGCCUCCGCCACGCUAACCCUAGUAUUUAUCGAUAUAACCGGUAUCUGGGUCAACAAAUGAUCUUAAGCUGUUUUCUGUCUCUGAGCCGAGAAAGUUUAGCCUCGACACGGUCGCUCCCUUCAGGCUGUGGAGUCUUUCCGGGACCGUUUGAACUAAAACCGGGAGGAGCAGCUCAGUACAUGUCGGUUAACGUUCGUCUCCCGAGCCACCGAGACAGUUGUUAGCAUCGACACAAAGACCGGAGCCCAGCCAGCCAGUUAAAUAAGCGACAAAGCGGCCGUAGUUUUGUACAAAUGGAUACGUUUCAGAAGGUGGAGAAGAUCGGAGAAGGGACGUACGGAGUGGUGUACAAAGCCAAGAACAAAGUCACCGGAGAAACUGUCGCUCUCAAGAAAAUCAGACUGGACACGGAAACAGAGGGUGUACCGAGCACCGCCAUCCGAGAGAUUUCACUUCUCAAAGAACUCAGUCACCCAAAUAUUGUCAAAUUGCGGGACGUCAUCCACACGGAGAACAAACUCUACCUUGUUUUUGAGUUCCUUCAUCAGGAUCUGAAGAAGUUCAUGGACUCUUCGCCAGUUACUGGUAUCCCACUGCCUCUGGUUAAGAGUUAUCUUUUCCAGCUGCUGCAAGGCUUGGCCUUCUGCCACUCUCACAGGGUUCUUCAUCGAGACCUGAAGCCCCAGAACCUCCUCAUCAACGCCCAGGGUGAGAUCAAGCUGGCUGACUUUGGCCUGGCAAGAGCCUUCGGGGUGCCUGUCCGCACAUACACGCAUGAGGUGGUAACACUUUGGUACAGAGCACCGGAAAUUCUCCUCGGCUGCAAAUAUUACUCCACAGCUGUCGACAUCUGGAGUCUGGGGUGUAUCUUUGCUGAAAUGAUCACCAGGAGGGCCUUAUUCCCCGGCGACUCGGAGAUAGAUCAGUUAUUCCGAAUCUUCCGCACCCUGGGCACACCCGACGAGACCGUCUGGCCAGGAGUCACGUCCAUGCCCGACUACAAACCGUCUUUUCCCAAGUGGGCCCGGCAAGAUUUAUCCAAAGUGGUGCCUCUUCUCGAUGAGGAUGGAAGAGAACUGCUCGGAGAAAUGCUGAAUUACGACCCAAACAAAAGGUUAUCUGCCAAAAAUGCCCUUGUACAUCGAUUCUUCCGUGAUGUCACCAUGCCAGUUCCUCAUCUGAGACUCUGAGUUAUGCAACAUAUCUGGCUAUUUUAACGUCUAAGCAAUAAGGACCUCACUUCAGGUCAAUGACUGAAACGGACAAACAAAGUGGACACUACAGGAUAUGUCGGAUCCUUUAACUGAUAUUUGAUAAUACUUAAAACCAACUUCUAGAAGAUAGAUGUCCCAAGAGUUUUGCUGUUUAUUUCAGCCAUGAAUGUUGUAAUAGAUAUGAUUGAUAAUAGAUAUAACUGUAAUUCCUCAAUAUCAUUAUUUUGUAUAUUUAUGUGCAACUGCCAUAUUUGAUGUAAAUGUUAUUUGUGAUCGGGGCAGACCUCUGACUGGAGUGCAGGUUAAAUAGACACAUUCUGUGCCAUUCGAUUUCCGAAUUUAAACGGUAUUUUGGCUUCAGGAUGUCCAAAUUUAAAUAGUCAAGUUGUUAGAAAUGAAUGAUUUCAUAAGUUUGUGGGGUAGUGCAAAUAACAAAAGUCAUGCUUUGGAAGACAAGCAGCAGCUGAAUGAAAGUUGAGUGACGGCUGUCGGCACGAGUUGUCACACAACAAACAGCGAGCUGAUGUAAAACAUUCGGUGCUAAAAGAACAAGAUUACAACAAUGUUCUUAUAGGUUGAUUUUCUGUCAUUUAAAUUCAAAUUUGGGUCCAAAUUUUCUUGAAGGGGUUUUAAAACUGCACCUUUAGCUGCGUAACACACCAAAAUGUCUAUUAGUCAUUCAGGUUUCCUGUCAGGAUCACUCGCCAAACUCUUUUAUUACUCAGCUUUGUACAUAGAGUUGUGAUAUAAAAAUGUUCGCUGUUUGGAUCUAAUUUUUACAGUUUAUGUGCUGUUCCAUCUUUCUUACUCUAGAUUUUAUCCACGCUUAAUGAACCGUUUUUAUGGAUAUUGUUUAUACAGUUUGAAAAAAUAAACUUGUUUAUAGAACUGUUA